AUGCAACCUUUCUUUGAAACUUCAGGCUGGGCAUUGCCAAAGAGCAUUGCUCCUCAAAAGCAGCAAGAAUCCACCAAAAAGACAAAAUUAGCAACACAACAAGUAGAGGACAAUUCAAAGGAGAUCAAGGCUUCCAGAGAGGCCGAUCAGAUUCAAGCUCAAAUGGCUACAUUGAAUGAUGCGUCUGCUACCACGCCAAAGGAACCCAAAGCUAAGAAGCCCCGUAACAGAAACAAGAAGAGAGCUUUAGAGCAAAAGCCUGAAGAGAAGGAACCCGUGCAAAACAAGAAAGCCAAGACUGCACCUGCCAAUGAUCAAAAGAAAAAGUUACAGCAGCUUUUAAACAAAAAGAACAAGAGCACAGAUCAAAAGAACAAACAACCAGCAAAGAAUGAAAAGAAACAGCAGACCGAAGAGCUCAGUCAGCCCAAGAAAUUAGAUACUUCAGCAAAGAACUCGCCCAUGGAUGAUGGACUUACACCACUCCAACGCAAAAUGAAGGAAAAGCUAUCAGGCGCUCGUUUUCGAUGGCUGAAUGAACAACUGUAUACCACACCUGGAAAGCACUCAUUCAGUCUUUUCCAAGAGAAGCCCGAGUUAUUUGACGAAUACCACGAAGGUUUCCGUCACCAAGUGGAAUCAUGGCCUGUCAAUCCUGUCGAUGUCAUUAUCAGCCAGCUGAAGAAGCUUCCCAAAGACACUGUCAUUGCUGAUCUCGGUUGUGGCGAUGCUAUGAUCGCGCAGUCCUUGACCAAGCAAAAAGUGUUGAGCUUUGAUCUGAUCGCCAAGAACGACCUUGUUACAGCAUGCGAUAUCACCAAGUUACCGUUGGAAGCCAAUUCUGUGGAUGUCGCUGUGUUCUCAUUAUCGUUGAUGGGCACAAACUACUUGGAUUUUCUUAAAGAGGCACACCGUGUCCUUAAAGUUGGUGGCGAGUUGAAAAUUGCAGAAGUUGUUAGUCGAUUCAGUGAUUUGGAUUCGUUCAUUUCGCUGCUGGAAGGGUUAGGAUUCGAUUUCAUGGACAAGGAAGACGACAACAAGAUGUUUGUCAUGCUCUACUUUACAAAGCAGCCCAACUACGAGGAGGAAAUGGACAAUGAAAUGUUGGCAGGCCUCAGUAAAACACAGAUUCGGUCUCUCAAGAAGGGUGCAGGCAUCAACAACUCCAAGACAAAAUUGCAAAAGAAGGCACAACAGUUACUAAAGCCUUGUUUGUACAAGAAGCGCUAA